CCGCGCCGGCCAACCGGCACGCAGGGAUUUGGGGGGCAAAGCGCGGCCCCGCGAGCAGUUGCGGCGGGAGAGCGGCGGGCCGAGAGCGUGACUCGCCCGCUCCGGCGCUGCCUGUUUCCCCGCCGCCGCCUCCCGCCGCCGCGCGCAGCCAUGUCCGAGGAAAAGCCCAAGGAGGGGGUGAAGACCGAGAACGACCACAUCAACCUGAAAGUGGCCGGGCAGGAUGGCUCCGUCGUCCAGUUCAAAAUCAAGAGACACACGCCGCUGAGCAAGCUGAUGAAGGCGUACUGCGAGAGGCAGGGCUUGUCAAUGAGACAGAUUAGAUUCAGGUUUGACGGGCAGCCGAUUAAUGAAACAGACACCCCUGCGCAGCUGGAGAUGGAGGACGAGGACACCAUCGACGUGUUCCAGCAGCAGACGGGAGGCUCGCGGGACAGCCGCUGUCGCUAAGGGCGCCACCUCUACAAGGACCGUCCCCACCGUGUCUUCGGCCUUGCGUCUGC